GUUUUUUCUUUCUCUUCCGGUUGUCGUCUGUUCGUGUGGCAGAUUAAACUCCAGUCGAAAUGGCCAAGUCGAAGAACCACACGACCCACAACCAGUCUCGUAAAGCCCACAGGAAUGGCAUCAAGAAGCCCACAUCCCAGCGCUAUGAGUCACUGAAGGGGGUGGACCCUAAGUUUCUAAAGAACAUGCGCUUUGCCAAGAAACACAACAAGAAGGGCAUGAAGGCAGUGAGGAAAGCAGCAGCAGCAGCAGUACCAGCAGCAUCUGUGGCGAAAUAGGCCAAUAUGUUUCCACCAUCGAAAUAAAGCUUUGCUUUGUUAAAAAAAAAAA